AAGAGCAAGGUUUUAUAUUCCACAGCCAAGUGUCAGACUCCACUUCUAAAUACUGCACUCCGAAUGAUAAGGUCCAAAAAUACUUCAAGACCAUCUGUGUUUCUCUACCCUAAGGAACUUGUUUUCCUGAAAAAUGCCCACGACGACGAAAACCUUGAUGUUCUUGUCGGGCUUCCUCACCAGCCUCGGGGCCUCUGCCGUCAUCUGCUCCGUCCUUGGGACACAGGAGUGGGUCACCAGCACGGUGGGCAUUAGGGACUCUGUUUCUGACGGCAACGUUAUCAUCACCUAUGGGCUGUCUCGUGGGGAGAGCAUUCAGCAACUGAACCUCGGACUUGAAGAACCAACAAAAUAUUUUGAAGUCUUAGGAGUCUUGAACAACUCUUCUCAAAAAGCCCUGCAUGUGGUGACCAUCCUGUUCCUGGCCCUCAGCCUGUGCGCCUCGCUGCUGAGCUGCGGGUUCACGUUCUACAACAGCGUCAGCAACCCCUACCAGACCUUCCUGGGCCCCGUGGGGGUGUACACCUGGAACGGACUCAGCGCAUCCUUCGUCUUCGUGGCCAUGAUGCUGUUUGUGGGGAACACGCAGUCCCAUCAUCUCUCGGAAGAGCUGUCCCGGCUGCUUUACCCAACAGUCACCACGACCGGCUCCACCCACAGUUACGGCUACUCGUUCUGGCUCAUCCUGCUUGUCAUUCUUCUCAAUGUCGCCACUGUGGUCAUCAUCAUUUUCUACCAGAAGGCCAGAUACCAGCGGAGGCAGGAGCAGAAAAAGCCGCUGGAGUUCGCUCCGCGGGAUGGGAUUUUGUUCUGAUGCUGGCCUCUCAUCUCUCUCUGUGUGCCGGCUCCAGCAUCGCGGUGAACUCAGUCAAAAUGGAAGUGAAACGUUGUUCAAGUUCAGCUGCCGCCCAGUGCCUGCUUCCUGUGCUGUGGCUGGGGGUGGAGUUUGUCAGGUGCAAGCGUUUCCCCCAGCAGCAGACACCCGCCCCUGCCCCUGCCCCUGCCCCGGCCAGAGGCUGGGGCAGAGGUGAAUGACAACUCUCAGGCCCUCAUCCCCGCCCCCAGCUCAGGGCCGGGACAGAGGCGUGGGGUAGCCCUCGAAGGACAAGCUCCUGGCUUCAUGAAAACACAGUGCACACCAGGAAAGUGGCCGCAGAGGCAUCAGCAUGGGUCUGACCUACUUUGCCAGUGGCGUGUGUUUCCAGGAAUUCACUCGGAGAAUCUCUGGAUCUUGGCUACCCCGCAGCUUACCACGCUGAGCGCGGCUAAGAGUCGUCGUCUGGCACAUCUUGAAGGAACGAGCGCCAGAAGCAGCAGAACUCCCUGGGCAUAAUUUGCAAGGCAACAACUCUUCAGACAGAGAAAAUAGCGUUUAUGAAGCCAUCAUGGACGAAUGCCCUUCCCCGUUCUUAUUUUUUUAGCAAUCUUUCUUGGAGGGAUGACGUGACAGGACCAGACCUGAGUUCUCCCCAAUGGAGCGCACUGUCAGAGGUCAGAGGUCGAGACAGACCUUCGGAAAGCAAUCACUUCAAGCAGGACGUAAGUGCAAAAUCCUGCUCACGUUCAAAAGGCCAGUUCUGUCACCUCCCAUCCGAAAGCCGCGCUAACCCACUUAUUCUAGUCUACGACCUUACUAUGGAACUUAGACUUCUCUGAAAAAUCUAAUCAACAGAUUUUCAAAAUUCUUUGAAUCCAUAAGUGUUUAUGUUGCUGGAAGUUUUGACUUUUGUAACUCAUUGUGACAGCGUGGUCGAGUAAGGAAGAGGAAACAGACAGGGGUAAGAAAGCACACAAACGGGCGCUAGACAGACACGCGCACAAGGAAGCAUCACAGAGUGAUGAGAGCCUGCUCUUCUCACUGAGCGCUCGAGCAGGGCUGGGUCUCCCUGGAGGAACCUUGUCCCCAUCCGUAACUCACAGGUGGCCUCAAAGGAGCCCUUUAAAAUUUGGGAAUCGGGUCCAUGGACCGACCCAUGCUGUACAGUUCAGGAGAUGAAGACCAUGGCUCCCUAAUGUGUCGAGAAGGUGUUGAAAUGACAUGUGGGUAUCCAGUAGAAAGCUUAGGAAGCAAAAGCAGGCUUGGACACUCCCAGCAGGCGUGGGCAGCGCGGAAGUUGUCCAGGACACAGCUCCCCGUCCCAGCCUACGACCUGGGUCUUUCAGUGCCUGCUCACGGCACAGCAAGGCAGGCUCAGCUCAAGAAUGAAGACCUGUUGGUCUGAAACAACACGAUCGACAUGUGUUCUCACACUCGAUGGAAUGCAUCUGAAUCCGUCUCCAGGAUUAGAAUGUUUCAGGGCCCGUGAUAUGGCCCCCUGCUACUGCAUGUGGUCUUAGCACGAUGAGCUGGGUUAUAAGGUUCAUUGCAAAAUAAAUAAAUUAUAUAAAAUGA